AUGGCAACACAAGAAAAGCAUGAGCCAGCCUCCCCAGGCCCGGCGCGCUCUGACAGCGUCUUGAUCAGAGGUGCCCGAGUCGCCACCGAACAGGAACGUGGCAUGUCCUUGAUGCAAGGCGUCAGACUCUAUCCGAAAGCCAUCGGUUGGAGUAUCCUCAUCAGCACCUGUAUCGCCAUGGAAGGCUUCGAUGUCUGCCUUCUGCCAAACUUCUACAACUUCCCCAGGUUCAAGGAAAAGUACGGCCAUCAGCUUCCCAAUGGCACCUGGGAGAUUCCUGCGCCGUGGCAAGCAGGACUUCAGAACGGUUCGCAGAUUGGUCAGAUUAUCGGCCUCUUCCUCAACGGAUAUGUUUCUGAGUGGAUUGGUUAUCGCUGGACAGUACUCGCAUGUCUCACCCUCGUUGCUGCUUUCACGGCCAUCCUAUUCACUGCUCAGAGUGUUGAGGUUUUGCUGGUCGGUUAUAUCCUCUCAGGGCUUCCCUGGGGCGUUUUCCAAACCCUUACAAUCACAUACGCCUCCGAAGUCUGUCCUGUGGCUCUUCGUGGCUAUCUGACAACCUAUGUGAACUUCUGCUGGGGCCUCGGACAAGUCAUAGGAAUUGGAUCGAUUAAAGGAAGCUUGAAUCGUACUGAUCAAUGGUCCUAUCGUAUCCCGUAUGCUUUGCAGUGGAUGUGGCCACUACCUCUUGGUGUUGGCAUAUUCAUGGCUCCUGAAUCGCCAUGGUGGUUGGUCAGAAAGGGAAGAGUUGCGGAUGCCAAAGAGGCACUCCUUCGACUCACGAGUCUCAACAGAGAGACCGACUUUGAUGCAGAUGAGACCAUCGCAAUGAUUGCUCAUACCACAGCUUUGGAGCAAGAAAUUACGCGUGGUAGUUCUUACCUCGACUGUUUCAAAGGCACAGAUCUUCGCCGCACUGAAAUUGUCUGCAUGUGUUGGGCGAUUCAAAAUCUGUCUGGCAAUUCCUUCAGCGGCUACUCUUCCUAUUUCCUGACGCAGGCCGGUUUAUCCCCAUCGACAUCGUACAGUUUCGCCCUGGGUCAAUAUAGUAUCAACAUGGUCGGUGUGUUUGGUGUUUGGUUGAUCAUGAGCUGGGGUGUCGGUCGCAGGACUCUCUUCCUCUACGGGUUGUGUGGUCUGUUCGUGAUGCUAAUGAUCAUGGGUUUUCUUGGCAUCCCCAAAAACCGGGAUGCGGCCGCUAUGGCAACUGGGAGCAUUAUGAUCAUUUGGGCAGCUGUGUACCAACUCUCAGUGGGUACAGUGUGCUAUUCAUUGGUUGCCGAAUUGUCCACACGACGGUUGCAGAUCAAGACCGUUGUUCUUGGACGCAAACUUUAUAACGUGGUUGGCAUCAUCUGUUCGGUCAUCACGCCAUACAUGCUCAACCCAGGCGACUGGAAUUGGGGCAACUACGCAGGAUUCUUCUGGGCCGGCGCUUGUUUCCUCUGCAUCAUCUAUACCUAUUUCAGAGUUCCAGAACCGGCUGGUCGAUCCUUUGCCGAACUGGACCUGCUAUUCGAGCGCGGAGUUAGUGCGAGGAAGUUCGCAACAACCGAGGUGAAUGUAUUUGACCUCGAAGUACGUGGGGAUGUCGUUGAGCAGGCAGAGAAGAGACUUAGCGUCGCUGCAGCACACCAGGAGGGGGUGAAGUCGGAGCAUUCAAUUGCUUGA